AUGAUGUUGCUUUUGCAGUUUCUGCGACAACAGCAACUUUCACCGUCUUCCACUCGCACUGAUACUACUACUACUGACAGUGGUCAUCGAGCUCAUUCGCGACGAUACGAACGGCAAGGAGCUCCGUCUGGUGGCUCACUACUGCGUCGAAUUGACCAGCGCGAGCGGAGUAACCAAACCAGUCGAGCCGCUCGCCCCGGCAUCAGUCCUCGUCCUGAGCAACACCAGCAGCAAGGCCGCAAAACUCCAGAUCGAGUCCCACUUAUGCGCUCACCACGUGACAUUUCGGAAUACAUUCGCCAACAGCAGCGAAUUCUUGCUUCGCGCCCCACUCGAACUCCAACACCUUCCCAGCACCGUCACCAGCAGCAACUUCAGCAAUUACCUGUUGCUGCUCCACGCCGACUAACACGCAUUCCGCUCGAUCGCGCAUCGGUGUCGGACCGCGGAAGUGCCCGAUUGGUCGAGGUGCAGCGACCAUCUUCACGUACGCGAAAUGUCAUCCAUCAUCGACAGCCAUUAUCCAGUAACGGUUACCCGAGUAUAAGGAGCUAA